UCACGCCGCCGUAAGUAGCGUAAGAAACAUGGCUGCCCCCAGCGAGCUGAGACGUUUCUCUCAAUUUUAAAGUUUUUGUGUUCAAUUCUGAACGGUGAUACAUACCAAGGACAAGAUGGAGAAAAUCUUGCCAUCUGCUGACGAAAAAGAGAGAGAGGAGGAAGAGAUUGAGGAAGAGGGGGAAGAAGAAGCAGAAGAGGAAGAAGGAGACAACAAUGAUGAAGAGGAGGGUGGGGAAGAUGAAGAAGAAAAGGGUGACAGAAAUGAUAAAAUAAUGGAAGAAGAGGAAAAGAUUGCAUUGCCUGCUCAACUGAAAGACAAAAAGCAGGAUGAUGUCUUGAACCUCAACAAUGAGGUGGUGAAGAUGAGGAAGGAGGUGAAGAGGGUGAGAGCUUUGAUCAUCAGGAAGCUGACACGACAGAUUGGUGCCCUGAAGAAGAAGAAGGGGAAAGAGACGGAAAUUGAGAGGAAUCAGAGGAGAGCAUCCAGACUGCUGGAGGAGAUCCAUGCCAUGAAGGUGCUCGCACCAGACGUGGUGACCAAGGCAGCCUUGCAGAAGAAUCUCAACUUUGAAGAGGUGUGUAAAAACCCCAAAUCUUCCAUUUCUGACAGGGCUGUAGCACGCAUCGCUACCCACCCUCAGUUCAACAAGAAGAUCGAGGACAUCAAAGCUGCUGUGAAAGCCUUCAAAGAGGCGAGGAUGAAGGGUGGCAAGCAGGAAGGAAAAGGAAAGGUGCAAAAUAAAAUUGAAAAUGUAAACCUCCAGUCACCAGACAAACGGGGAGAAAGAAAGAGUGAGAAAGAAGAGAAGGACAUUACAGAGCAGCUAAAGGAAAUGUCAGACAACAAGGAAGGAGAUGGUAUCUUUAAAGACACUAAAGAUUCAACUGUUGCUACACCUGAAAAGGACACAAAGAAAGUGGUUCAUUCUGCUGACACUGCUGAUGUUCAAACGGAAGAAAAACCAGAGUCUAAGAGUGUAAGACCAGCAUCAACAAAAAGUAGUGAAGUAAAGGACAGUGUAAAAAAUGAACCUCAAAGUAAAGAUGCUGGAAAGAAAACCAAUUCUGCUGUACUUCAGAAAAAGGAAAAUGAGGAAGAGAGUGAUUUAGAGUCAUCAGACGAGGAAGAGAAAGAAUACUUUGAUGACAGCACAGAGGAACGAUUCCGCAAGCAGUCCUCCCAGUCGGAGGAGAGUGAUGAUGACUUCUUUGUGGGAAAAGUGAGCAAAUUCAAGAAGAAGAAACAAAAAAGCGUAGAAGGGGAGAAAAAGGUUGAGAAGGGGCAUGAUGUGAAAGGGGACUCUGCGGACAAGGUGAAAACUUCAGACAAGGUCCAGUGUGAACUUGAUGAGCUGGAGUCCAGGCUGAAGUCUAAAGCGAGCUCCCUACAGUCUGUUUUCUGUUCCUCCCUCUCUGGGUCCAAGCAGAGUAGAGGUGGAGGUGCAGGCAGAGGAAGAGGUGGGGAUAAAUUUAGGGGGCAAAGGAAUCCAAAGGGUGGCAAUGGUUUAAAUAGAGAUUUUAGCAAACAAUCCAAGUUCCAAAAACAGGUUACAGGAGCAGGAAUAAAUUCAGGGUCCAAGUACAGCAAGCCCUGCCCUGAGGGCAGAGGGACUGAGUCAGAGGGGAAGGGCUUUGCAUCUGCUAGCAGAGGGAGGGGGCGAGGCAGAGGUGAUGGUAUAAGGCAAAAGACUGGGAUGGGUGGAGGUGUCUUUUCCCGUCAGGCACCACAGCAGGCACUGCAUCCAUCCUGGGAGGCUAGUAAGAAAAGAAAGGAGCAGCAAGGACAAAUCCUGGCCUUCCAGGGGAAGAAGAUCAAGUUUGAUGAUGAUGAUGACUGAACAUACUUUUUUGUUUUUCUGCAAAUGCCAAGUACAUACAUAUGGUUGAGUGACUCACAUUUUUAGUUACCCUUGUUGUCCGGCGCACUAGUUAAAUGUGAAAUUUACCACUCAUGAUGUUCUAUGGCAGUGUUUUAAAGGAUGUAAACUGUUGUUUCAUUCCUAUGGCUAGAAGAGGGCAACAGCCUGAUAUUUCUUUAUAAAACAUCAGUAGAAAUUUGUUGUUGAGAUAUUGGGAUUCCCAAAUAUGGUUAAACUUCAAGCUGUGAAAUGCAUCACCUAGACAUAUAACUUUCCUGUUAUAGGUUUACCAUACUGAGAAACAGGGAAUUUGUAAGGAUGUGCCAUAUAGUUGUGUUAAGUGGGGAUUUGGGAAGCAGUGAUGUUUGAUUUUAUCAAUUUUUUCAAAUGUUUUAACUUGUACACAACUCUUUGCCUGCAACGUUCCAAUGUUUGUCUGAUCAUUAUUACCAGGAAACGUAAUAAAACAGAAAUGUAGCA